AUGGACUCACAGCCAGCUACCAAGAAACGCAGGAUCAACGCGUCAGGCGCUGCUUCCACCCAGCCUUUGCAGUCGUCAUUCGCAGACGUCCUGCAGCGACUGAAGGAAGACGCGAACGAAACGCGGGAUGCGGAGGGCGGUGCGGAUGCUUGGGCGCGUCCCGCUCUUCCACCAAUAAACCCUAAGCGGGACAGUAUCAUCUUCCAGCAGAUAGAUAUCGAGGAUUCAGUAGAGCAGCAGACUGGCGGUACAACUCUCAGGAUGUUCGGUGUGACACAAGACGGUCACAGUGUCCUUGCGCAUAUCACAGACUUUCUUCCGUACUUCUACAUUGCCACCCCACGAGGUUUCGGCAAUGAGGACGUUGGUCCUUUCAUGCGGUAUCUGAACAAUGCUGUCCCAGGUGGCCUUGUACGCGAUAUGGAACUCACCAAGAAGCGUAGUCUAUGGGGUUACAAGGGAGACGACUGGGUGAGCUUCAUCAAGAUCACUGUCGCGGACCAGAGAAGUCUGCCCAAAGUUAGAGAUAAGUCCUCGGACUCUCCACGGCUCCUAGAGAGAGGCGAGUGCAGGUUCAACGACUUGUUCAACGGUGAGGUUGCCACUUUCGAGAGCAAUAUCGCCUACACUCUGCGCUUCAUGAUUGAUACACGGGUGGUUGGCAUGAACUGGAUUGAAGUCCCUGCCGGCCAAUAUAUCAUCCUCGAAGGCAAGGACAAGCGUUCACACUGCCAACUCGAGCUCAGCGUCAAAUGGAACAAGUUCAUCUCGCAUGCGCCCGACGGGCAAUGGUCAAAGACUGCGCCAUUGCGUAUCCUCAGUUUCGAUAUUGAGUGUGCUGGCCGCAAGGGUAUCUUCCCAGAGGCGCAAGUCGAUCCCGUCAUUCAGAUCGCGAACAUGGUGACACGGCAGGGCGAAAGCAAGCCAUUCAUCCGGAACGUGUUCACACUGAACACCUGUGCGCAUAUCGUUGGGUCACAAGUCAUCUCGUUCCAGAACGAGGCAGAGCUGCUGUUGAAGUGGCGCGAGUUCGUCGAAGAGGUGGACCCCGACGUUGUCAUCGGCUAUAACAUCUCCGGCUUCGAUUUGCCGUACUUGAUUGACCGCGCAAAAGCUCUCAAGGCCCAGAAGUUCCCAUACCUGGGCCGGAUGACCAACAAGCAGACGGUGACGAAGGACACUCACUUCUCAUCCAAAGCGUUCGGACAGCGUGACUCGAAGGAGACUGCCCUGGAUGGUCGGCUACAGAUCGAUAUCUUGCAGUACAUGCAGCGGGAGUACAAGCUCCGAAGUUACACGCUCAACUCCGUCUGCGCGCAGUUCCUGGGCGAGCAGAAGGAAGAUGUGCACCACUCGGUCAUCACGGAUCUGCAGAAUGGUACGCCGGAGUCGAGAAGGCGGUUGGCGGUGUACUGCUUGAAGGAUGCGUAUCUUCCACAACGGCUAAUGGACAAGCUCAUGUGCUUCAUUAACUACACCGAGAUGGCGCGUGUGACGGGUGUCCCGUUCAACUUCCUGCUCUCCCGCGGACAGUCUAUCAAGGUAUUGUCGCAGCUGUUCCGGAAGGCGAACGACGACGGUUACAUCGUGCCCGCGCUGAGGGGCGAAGGGUCCGACGAGCAGUACGAGGGUGCAACGGUCAUCGAGCCCAAAAAGGGCUACUACGAUGUACCGAUUGCGACGCUCGAUUUCAGUUCGCUGUACCCAUCCAUCAUGAUGGCGCACAAUCUCUGCUAUACGACGUUGCUCGACAAGUCGACUGUGGAACGGCUGAAACUAGUCAAAGAUGUGGACUACAUCCAAACACCCAACAACGAUCUAUUCGUGAAGUCGACCAGGCGCAAGGGUCUGCUCCCGACCAUUCUCGAAGAGCUGAUCGGUGCUCGUAAGCGUGCGAAGGCGGACUUGAAGAAGGAGACGGAUCCUUUCAAGCGUGCCGUGCUCGACGGUCGCCAGCUUGCGUUGAAGAUCAGUGCCAACUCCGUGUACGGCUUUACGGGUGCGACGAUCGGCAAGCUACCUUGUCUACCGAUCUCCUCUAGUACGACGUCGUACGGGCGGCAGAUGAUCGAGAAGACGAAGCAGGAGGUCGAGGCGGAGUACUGCAUCGCGAACGGGCACAGCCACGACGCGACGGUCAUCUACGGCGACACGGACUCGGUGAUGGUGCGGUUUGGGCCGACGGACCUGCCGACGGUGAUGCGCAUGGGGAGCGAGGCGGCGGACUUUGUGACCGCGAAGUUCAUCAAGCCGAUCAAGCUCGAGUUCGAGAAGGUGUACUUUCCGUAUCUGCUGAUCAGCAAGAAGCGGUAUGCGGGCCUGUAUUGGACGCGCCCGGAGAAGUACGACAAGAUGGACACGAAGGGGAUUGAGACUGUUCGUCGUGACAACUGUCGGCUUGUGUCUACGGUCAUCGAGACGUGCUUACACAAGAUGCUCAUCGACCGCGAUGUGGGGGGCGCAGAGGACUAUGUGAAGCAGACCAUCUCGGAUCUUUUACAGAACAAGGUCGACAUGUCCCAGCUGGUGAUCACGAAGGCGCUCUCAAAGACGGAUUAUGCUAGCAAGCAGGCACACGUUGAACUUGCCGAGCGGAUGAAGAAGCGCGACGCGGGUUCAGCUCCCGCCCUGGGCGAUCGAGUGGCAUACGUCAUUAUCAAGGGUGCCAAGGGUGCUGCGGCGUAUGAGAAGUCGGAAGACCCGAUUUUUGUGCUGGAGAACAGCAUUCCUAUCGACACCAAGUACUACCUCGAAAACCAGCUUUCGAAUCCCCUUAUGCGUAUCUUCGAGCCUAUUCUAGGGGAUAAGGCUUCUUCACUAUUGUCUGGCGAUCAUACGCGCACAAUCCAAGUGGCAACGCCAACGGUUGGGGGGCUCAUGAAGUUUGCGGUGAAGACUGCGACUUGUCUAGGGUGCAAAACACCGUUACGGGCGAACAACAGUGUCAAGAACGGCGCUGUAUGCAACAACUGUCGACCGAGACUCGGGGAGUUCUACCAGAAACAGAUCACCACCACGUCAGAGCUGCAAGUGCGGUUCUCGCGCUUGUGGACGCAGUGUCAACGAUGCCAGGGCUCGUUGCAUCAGGAUGUCCUGUGUUCCAGUCGAGACUGCCCGAUCUUCUAUAUGCGCAAGAAGGCGCAGAAGGACGUGGAGGACGCGAGUUCGGUUCUGGAUCGCUUCGAGGGCGAGCUGUGGUAG